GGCAGAAAAACCUUUACUCCCCCGGCUCAUAUACUGGAGUUACUAAACGAAAAGGAAUCCAAGGAACGUCUUAUCGAUGCAUAUGCAUCGCAGGUAGCAGAUGAUCCAACGGGCAAGAAAAUAGUUCAUCGACACAGCCGACUUGUCGAAAACCAAGACAAGGCACAAAUAUUCAAACCGAUCAAAGUCGAGCAUCGUUGGGAAGCGACAUUCAGACAACAAGUUUCAAUUCUUACUCAACGUGCGUUCAAACAACGACGGCCAGUCAUGUUAUCGCGAUUGCAUGCAACCGAGACCAUCAUCCUUACGACUAUUUCGUGUUUGAUUUGGUUCAGACUGAGUAUGGACGAGACAUCUAUCAAUGAUAGGAGAGGAUUGGUUUUCUUUAGUUGUAUCUUCUGGUCGUUUACACCGUUGAUUACUGCAGUUACAUCAUUUCCUUUGGAUCGUAGUCUACUCAACAAAGAACGUCAAUCACGAUCAUAUCGUCUAUCAUCCUACUUUAUUGCAAAACAACUGGCUGAACUGCCACUUGUGCUGCUUGCACCUACGUUCUUUACGGUAUUAGUGUACUGGAUUGGCAAUUUAGUGGAUGACUUUGGUAGAUUCGCUGCACAUAUGGUUAUCACAAUGACAACUGUCCUCACUGCACAAGGCUUUGGAUACUUCUUUGGUGCAACACUAAUGGAUGUACAGAAGAGUAUGACUGCGAGUACAGUGUUUAUGUUAUCGACCAUGUUGUUGGCCGGAUUUUAUGCAACAAACAUUCCGUCUUGGAUAGGAUGGACAUCAUAUGUCUCAUUCUCGCGUUAUUCAUUCCACUUGCUCAUGCAAAACCAGUUGCUCGCUGGAUCGUUCCAGUUAGAAUGUGUCAGUGGGAUUCGCAGUGAACUUGCACAGUGUGCAAGCGGUGCGGGUUUUGUAUCGGGUGAGGAAAUAUUAGAACAUUUAAAGUUGGACGAUACAAAGUG